AUGUCAAUACAAAAAUUAGUAUUUUCGUUUAUAUUCUUAAUUUUAGCAAACUAUGGUUCUCUGGAAUUCAUUCCUGUAUUUAGAACAAAAGUAGUUUUGAAUAUAGAUCUAUCAUCAGUACUACCAGAACAGGUUACAGUUGAAACAAUAGAUGGUUCUAACACUCUGCAUUAUUCAAUUGAUCCAAUAUUUGAUGAACAUUACAAAAUAGGUGAGAUAAGGAAUUAUGGUGUACUAAUUUCUGAGGAUAGUCCUAUGGCCAUACGAAGGCGCGUAAGUCUGGUUGCUAACAUCUUUGGUAUAAUUUACGUUCAAGUAGAUAAUGUUUAUUGUUCUCCAUAUGGUAUAUUUGAAAAGCAUAUAGAAGAACUUGUAAAAGAACCAGAUGAUAACGCCUAUAAAGCAGUAAAUAGGACUCCUAUAACACUCGAUAUAGAAAAGCUCCCAUAUAAACACCCAUUUAUUAAUGAAAAGGUAGAGAGUUCUGGCGGUACAAGGUAUGCAACACAUGCACUUUUGAGGCCUUAUGUAUCAAUUGGUUUGAUAAAAUAUGGUGAAUAUGUUAUUGAUGACAGGGUAGAUGAUGUUAUGAAUAAAGCUGUGGUGGUUGGAAUGAAUCCUAUGGGGAAGAAAAUGAUUAUUAUAACAACACUCGCAAAAGAUGCAACUUAUUCUACCCUUGUAUAUGAAGUAGUGCAACAGGAGAAUGGCCUACCGUUCACUCUAAGGAGUUACAAUUCUGUAGAGAUAUUUUAG